AUGAAUCGUCACCCUGAGAUCGCUCCUUAUCAGACAAGCUUCGUCCUCUCCACCCAAUUCCCAUGUUCUCAUAGUGGCAAGAGAGGCAGCAUGUCGCCUCCUCCUCGGAGCUCAUUGCCACCCCGUCCUCCUCCGACCAGUAAGCAAAACGACUUGCAGAAUUUCAACCCCGGACCAAGGCUAUCUCAGCCUGUCUUCUCAUUCGGCUCAUUGCCGCCCAUGAGCCCUGCAACGUCUCCGUUUGCGUUCACGAGGCCUACCACCUCCAGCAGUGAUAACUACUCAGCUGGUUUGCAUUCUAUGUUGCCUCAAGAUGCUAUGCAGAUGAUCUAUGCGAAGCCGAUAGAGAUGCCUGUUGGCCCUGGAGAAAAAGAACCUCAUGGGGAAGUAGCCAGUUUCAUGGACGACUACGUCACUGCCUACAUGGAAUUGGAUAAGAAUUUUGAUUUUUCUAAUAGGGAUGAUGACGUGGAGAGAAUAAGUAGUGGAUAUUUUGAGAAUGUGAAAAGCAGCACUGGGAGUGCGAAUAGGGGAAACUCUACUUUGGGGGUUAAGAAAUGGGUGUUUACUGAAUCUCAAAUGAAGAAAAUUGCGGGUUGUGAGAGACUCAGAAAGCUGGUUGUUGCUGAUCCCAAGUAUGUCAAAAGACUCUUGUCAAGCCGGGAAACAGGAGAACGUGCAAGGAAGAAGAAGGCGCAGCAGGUUUUAGAGUUGGAAAAAACGAUAAACAUUCUUGAGAAAGAGGCUGCUAGAGUAACUGCCCUUAACAGCUCUGCGGAGAGAACAAAAUUGAGCCUGGAAGAGGAGAACAUGCAAAUUAGGAUUCGUCUUCAAGAAAUGGAGGAGCAGGCCAAACUUGCUAAUGCCUUGACGGAAUAUUAUAAUGGAGAAAUCAAUAGGCUGAAGCAGAAGGGAACAGGAGUGUUAAACCCAAACAUGGAGACAUUAAUGUACGAAAACAUGUUGAUGGAGCAACUGAGCCUAGAUGAGGAGCCGGAGACAAAUUAUGGUUUCGAAUGA